UUGACCGGUAUGAGAGCAUUGAUCUGGGCCCUAAUAGAUAGUCUCAAUUCUCAAAGUUGGGUAAACACGGCGAUUUCUCCAAUGUUCUUCUCCUUCUUUUAACUCUCUCUCUUUCACUCCAAAUCCAAAAUGGCUUCUUCUUCAGCUCUCACUAUGUCCUCCCUCAUCAAAAUUACGCCUCUUUCUUCCCCAAACCCCCAAAUUAAUCACGGCUUUCUUCUUAAACCAACUAACCCCUUCACCAAACUCUCUGCCAUCUCCCCCAACGGCUCUGUUUCUCGUUCAUCUUCUAAUGGGGGUGCGAGUUCAUCGUCUGGGAACACUCAUCAACGAAGAAGCAGCCUUGAAUCUUUGUUUUGUUAUGAUAAGGCUAUACCGGAGGAGAAGAUUGAAAAGCCUGUUGGAAUAUCUUUGGCUGAAAAAUCAAUUGGAAACAAUCCCAGAUGCAAUGAAUGCCAUGCCAAGGGUGCUGUCCUUUGUACCACUUGCUGUGGUUCAGGCUUGUAUGUUGACUCUAUAUUGGAGAGCCAAGGCAUUAUUGUUAAAGUCAGAUGCCUAGGUUGUGGAGGCAGUGGUAACAUUAUGUGUUCGGAGUGUGGAGGGCGAGGCCAUCUUUGAUAAAACUGACGGGCGGUCAAAGCUUUUUGUUAUUAGAUGGAUUUGUUCUUUUAAUUGUAUACUGUAAUAUCUUCUCUUACAAGUUCACAUUUCUUACAAUCUUGUAGCCUUUGAUUAAUUUUCUGGAGGUGCCAUUGUAAUGCACCCUACCCCCCUUUUUUUGUUUUUUGGCAUAAGAGUAUUGCUCGGUUUAGGUUUGUAUCUACUGUUCUGUAUAUUGAACAAGCAUAAAUCUACACAAAAUAUUGCAUUGUGAGGCUACAAACUUAAAUAAAAAUUUGAGUAUCGUUUCUUACA